UGACGGAUUUGAUCACGAUCCCAUUCUCAAAAGUAUGCUUAGAAUACAUGGGAUCAUAAAUUUAAUGAGGGGGUGUGGGAGAAUUUUUUAUUUGUGGCCCUCAAAAUGAGGAGACAAAAAGGUCAAGUGGAUCUAUUUGGACCAUCCAUAUUGGAUGAGAAGCUCCAAUCAAAUUCCAUUGCAUUCAUCAAUUCCUCUCCUUAUUUUCUCCUCCACCACCACUUCCACAUGAAAUGAAAGUCCUCCCUCCCCACUAGGAAAUACUCCCGCUGUGAUCGACCCUAUAUGGGGGCUAUGAAAACAUUUUCCCCGACCUCAUCAGAAGCCGUAGAAAGAGCCCGCUGCGACUGGGAUUUUCGCGUCUCCGCCGUAGUCCCUUCCAAUCCCGUCGCCGGCAAUGCUUCCGACGCUCUCGGCGUCUUAGAGUUUGACCCUUCUAACGACUUCUUGGCCACCGGCGGGAUUUCCCGGAAAAUAAGAGUUUACAAUGUUAACACUUUGCUCCCCACUCGAGAUGGAUCCCCGGAUGACGGCGCCGGAUUGCCCGACUACUAUAUCUGCACGCCGGCGAAGCUCAGCAGCCUCCGAUGGAAACCCGGGUCCAACAGUCGGGUCAUCGGGUCGGGAGACUACGACGGCGUGGUGACGGAGUACGACCUAGAGAGGCGGGUCCCGGUUUUCGAGCGCGACGAGCACGGCGGCAGACGGGUCUGGAGCGUGGACUACUCGUGUUCCAACCCGGUCAUCGGCGCAUCCGGGUCGGACGACGGGACGAUGCAGACGUGGGACCCGCGCUGCCAGAACGGGAAAUGCCUCGCGGCGGUGCAGCCCAGCAAGGCGGGGAGCCCCGUCUGCUGCGUGCAGUUCGACCCGUCGAGCCCCACCGUCGCCGCCGGCUGCGCCGACCGGAAGACCUACGCCUACGACGUCCGGAAAACGGGCGACCCGAUCUUCGUGCUGGACGGGCAUCUGAAGGCGGUGACGUACGUCAGAUUCCUCAGCGAUCGGACGGUCCUGACGUCGAGCGUAGACGGGUGCAUCAUAAAGUGGGACACAGGGGAUUGCACCCCAGUGAGGACCUACAAAGGGCACGUGAACAGCACGCGGUUCGUGGGCCUGUCCGUUUGGAACAGUGGCGGGUUGAUCAGUUGCGGGUCGGAAGACAACCGGGUCUUCGUGUAUGACACCAGGUGGGGGGAGCCCAUAUGGGUAUACGGGUGCGAGUCCACGGGUCGACCCGGGGAGGAAUACGGGUUCGUUAGCAGCGUUUGCUGGAUGCAGGGGGGAGAUGAUGGUCAAUGCACGCUUGUUGCCGGCGGUUCGGACGGAGUUUUGAGAGUGUUUGCCGGAAAACGGCCAAAGGCCGGCGGCCUCAUGCAUUAUUGACACAUGCACAAUAAUUCAUUUGAAGUAAAAAACGACAUUGAAGAGUAAAUUUUGGCUCUACAUUUUUCCAUGGGCUGCAAAAAAUUUAAGCUGAGGCUGGUUCAAAUGACAUUGAGAACCAAUGUCAUGGGAUGAUCCGGGAAUGUUCCGGUG